UCGUGUCAGAAAGACCGUGUCCUCACUGCAGAACACAUUGCGCGGAUGCUGGUCAGGACCUUUUUCGUGUGGUUUUACACGGAACUAUCUCUUCAAUAUUGGAAUAUUACACUGCUUAUUUGAGAGAACAAAAUGCGUCGUUUCCCAAAGCAUGACUGCUAGAUGCUGACCUGAGCUCUACUUGGUGUAUGAGGGACAUAGCCAACACAUGGAGUCAAGGGUUCCUCACCACAUUCCCGGAGUCUCCUCCUCCAUCAUGGUGCAGCCGUUGCUGGACAGCCGGGUCCCUUACGGCCGCCUCCACCACCCCCUGACCAUCUACCCCAUUGACCAGAUGAAGUCGUUGCAUGUGGAGAAUGACUACAUCGACAGCCCUGCGGUGGUUUCCCAGCAGCCGCCGAGCCACAAGGGGGCCACCAGGGGGCAGGAGGUGCUGCUGGGGACCCAGCACCCUCCCCACCCAUCCCGGUGCGAGGCUCCGGACGCCACCACUCACCCCUGGAUCUCCUUCAGCGGCCGGCCCAGCUCCAUAAGCAGCAGCAGCAGCACCUCCUCUGACCAGCGCUUGCUGGAGCACGCAGCCCCCACCCCUAUGGUCGAGGCCUAUACAGGAGGCGCGGGCCACAGCCGAGUGCCAGGCGUCGAGCCGCCCAAACCACCAAGCACCAAGAUGCAGGACUCGAAAGCAGGGGUGGGGGUGCCGGCCAAUCGGAGCCACGCCCCGCUGUGUGAGAAGUGCGGGAAGUGCAGGUGCACGGAGUGCACGUUGCCGCGGACCCUGCCAUCGUGCUGGGUGUGCAACCAGGAGUGCCUGUGCUCGGCCCAGAGCCUGGUGGACUCAGCCACGUGCAUGUGCUUGGUCAAGGGUGUCUUCUACCACUGCACGGAGGAUGAGGAUGAGGAGGGCUCGUGCGCCGACAAGCCGUGCUCCUGCCAGCACUCGAACUGCUGCGCACGCUGGUCCUUCAUGGCUGCCCUGUCGCUGGUGCUGCCCUGCUUGGUGUGCUACCUGCCCGCUGUGGGCUGCGCCAAGCUCUCGCAGAAGUGCUACGAUGGCCUGAGCCGCCCUGGCUGCCGCUGCAAGAGCGCCCAGGCGGGCCUUAUGGGGGCAGAAGCCAAGGCCUGUCCUUUGGAGAAGCAGGUGUCAUGAUGGCGCCUUCCAGCGAUUGAAAUGUACAAAUGGAGGACCUUCGGUUGGAAGCUGCAGGGACCUUCUCCAAAAAACUCAUGUGCCCCCCCCACACACACACACACACACACCACACCCAGAAUUAUGGUACUUAAAGGGUUCGUGCUUGAUCUUUGCUCUCAUGGUGCACACUGCAAGUCAGUAAAGACAUUUGCUGGGACAACUGGCUCAAGUCUUUACGUGAUCCUCAUCAACAUCUACACAGAGAAGGCCCAUUGUGUCAUCAUCGCCCAUCCCUAACCCCAUGGGGUGCUCUGUGUGGCAUUUCAGCCUCUGAAACACUUGCCAACACAGAAUUCUGCAUUUGAGCAAAGCGUCUAUUUGAAAAAGGCAAAUCUCUUUUUUUCUGUUUAUUUUCCCUUUGGGUGGCUUGGAACAGUCAAAGUAAAUAUUACACGUAGAAAAGCAUUCUAUGCUUUGGCAGUCCACCCAUGGAUCUGACACCAAGGAAAGGUUUCAGUGCAUUGCAAGUUAAUAACACAAGCUAUAAAUCGAAAUAACUGGACUUUACCUCUAUGCCCACUUAUAAGCUUGUUAUAGAGCUUUCCCUCCUUUUCUGAGGUGAUAAUAGGAGGCGAUGUUGUUAGGUUGAAGUUCCUUUGUUACAAAUAAAUGCAAUCUAGUAUAUUGGAGAAUCUGUAUGAGACCACGUUUCACCACUGCACGACAGGAUGUUUCCGGUUACCUUAGACGCAGGUUUGUGCCGUUUUGAUGACAAGUCACUUUCACAGAUCGAUUUAAAAUGUCACACCAUACAUGAACUUCCGCAUUAUUUCUUCCAAAUAAUAGCAGUUUGACUUGUAGAGGAAAAACUUCACCUCAGGGAGCAUAAUUUUCACAUUAUUAUGUACAGAGUAUAAUUUCAACUCGGUAGCCAAUUUAAUAAGAAACAUUUGCUAGACAGGCAAAGGUAACCAUUUAAAAGAAGCUAUUGCAUUGACACAAAAUGCAUCCAUAAACCUCUGGAGAGAUAGGUCAGUAGCAGGGUUAUCUAUUAACCUUGUCAUUUGUACUGAGGCACCCAGGACUAAGGGCAAAAGCACAGCGUUAAGUACAAUGGCCUGUACAAUUCCGGUGUAAUUUGCGAAAUUCCUCUAGUUUGCCAUGCACCAAGCCCCCACCAGCCAUAUCAUAUGACAGUGCCCUACUUUGGUUUGAUCUGCUUCCCUCAUAUAGAUUUUUGUGGUAAGUCUCUAGAAUUACAGAUAUUUUGGCCAAAGGAGUGCACCAUAGAGUUCUAGCUUGUAAACCUUUUCUCAUUUUAAGUGAGCAUACUUUAUCACAAUAUAGCAAAAUAGUUUGACAGCAAGCUCUUAAAGGUACGAUGACCUGUUUUGAAGGACUGUUCAAAUCCUUAGGUGUGUGUGGGGGGGUAAAACCCGUGUUUUCAUAUAUAGAGCUCUCACUCAUUUAAUCAAGACUUUGGACCACCGCAUAUCCUUCUGCUUGCACUCGUCUCUGUUGCACAAAUCAGAAAAGCAGAAGAACACUACUGUUCUUAGUCUUGAAUGUAUAAGGCUAGGGUUUAAGUCUUUGCAAUCUAACUUUUGGGUAGGUGCCAAAGUAGUGAUGAACAAGGAGGCUUUGCAUAGUCACAUAGGAAAGAGUUGCAAAUAUAUCAUCGAUAGCCUAGAUCUAGAACUAUGCAGGUUACAUGCUCUUGUAAAUAGUGUCAAGAAAUUAGCCGUCUUAAGAUGCAUUUCAAAUGUCCUAAAGAAUUGCAUGGUACAGUUUUAAUUACAAUUCAGUACAAAAAUAUAUAGAUGAAUAUAAUUUUUUUGAGGGGGAUUGGGUGUGGCUUGGAGGUAAAAACGAUGUGGUUGUGGAGCAGAAGGCUGGGGAUUUGGGUCUUUCUAUUACAAGCACUUGAUUUAGAAACGUGUGCCAGGCAAUAAAAAAUACCUCUGUUUAUGCUAGCCAUGCCUCAUUAGCAC